GAUCGGUCUCAACCCGAAUAGCACAAUGGUUACGUCCCAGACUGUGGGACUGUGUAACGCGGUUUUGAAUCCACUAAGGAAAAUCAGAUUCUUAUAGAUUGCAAAUAUGCCUUACCGAAGAGUGCUGGCUAACAUGAAACCUUGAUCCAGAGUUUCCUGCUAGCUCCAAUCGUCUAAUAUACUGCUUAUUGACACUAUACUCUUAUCUAAUCGUUUCCUAUUAUUUUAUUUGUUUUAAAUUAUCAUCUUGUAUAUACAGGAAAUAGUUGACUUAAAACAAUCCGGAUUUUACGAUAUCUCAGGUUAUGGUUUUGCACAGUACACUAAUUUAAAAAUGCUCCACUCUUAUCUUUCCAAAUUUGAUCAUCUGUACAAAUUCCCUACAUUACCAUCGGAAUUAUCAUCAGAAGUAUUGCUAGUCUCUCAAUUAUCUAAAAUAGAUACGGAAAAUAUUAAUCCAUGGGAUGCAUUUAUUUUCAAUAACGGAGUGGCUGUGUUUUGGAAUAUGCCUGAGGAAAAUCACCAAUUAUUGUUAAAAGAAUUUCGUCAGUUCAGUGAAGGAAUUUUAGAAGAGAAUCUAAUUGAACGUGAAGAUUUAAGAUAUUGUUUAACCAAUGAUCAUACCCGUGUUGUCAGUGAAGACAUUUACUUACAUAUUCCAUCAUUCGAAGAUGUGUCACAUCACACAGAACAACAAUCGCACAAAGUGAGGUAUAAAAAAUGUUGUUUGUAUGGUAUUAAUUUUUAAUUUAUUAGGAUCUAACAUUACAAGACCAAUAUCCAAAGGUAGCAUCAACUCCUUUGACUGACGAUAAUUCACUGUUGGAAAAAUUUGCAUUUUCUGAUGCUUUAGCCUUGUCAGGUAGGCCUUUUUUCCUUUUUUAGAUUUUAUUUUUAAAAAAUAUUUCCUUCAUUUGAGAUCAUGAACUGAUCAAUGUUAGACCACCGUUGGAAACCUGGAAGCACUGGACGGCCAUUUCAUUUUAUUAUGGAAAUACUCAGCAGUGUGCACCCACGAUCUCACAAUCGUGGCUCAAACGUAGGACCUUUUGGUCCCGCGCGUGAAAUAUGAACCUCCAGACCAUUCAGCUGGCAUCCACUGGUGUUAAUGUCUAAUUUCAACCAAUCCACGAUAUUGUGUGGCCAUCUUCCAUUGUGCUCCAUAGAUAACUGCCUCACAUCUGACAUUGAUCCGUUCAUGAUCUCAACAGUUCCUUUUAUUAUUUAUUGUUAUUGCAUGGAUAAAACUAAGUGUUGUUAUUUUUAAUCAAUCUAUGGUUUCAUAAAAGAAAUUAUUUUAUCCUAUAAUUUACUGAGGUUGUAUGCAUUAUUGGCUGCACUGUUAUCGUUAUGUGUUGAAAUCUUAGUGCUAUAAAUUGAAUAAGUAUCACACUAAUGACAUUGAAUGUUAACUGCAUUAUAUCAGGGAUUUAUUGAAGUUUAAAAUGCUGUAGACUAUUAAGUUUUUCAUUUAAAAUAAGUUGAAAUUCACUGUCCGUAAAUCUUCAACAACUAAAGUUACCUGAAUGAGGUUCAUACAGUUAUCAUAACUAACUAGUCGGAGACAUUCAUUGAUAUUGUCUAGAAUGAAUAAUAAUGAAACAGAUUCAUUCACUUUUUGUCCUCCAUUAGAUCUUGAGUUUUUAAAUUAUCUUAUGCUGCUUUUAAUUCCUCAAAUUUGUACUUUCUUCGCUAACCAUCAAAUGAAUAUGACACGUUUCAACUUGAUUCAUAUUGUCUUUGACUAUUAUUUUCCACUAUCACUGGUACCUUUGUUAUUCUUCUACUACACUGAUAUUUAUCUUGACAUUAUGAGUUUCUAAUUUAAUAUUCUUUUUGUGAUUUAAAUCAAGAAUCAAUGAUUUGAUUACAGAUUUCUCUUUUUUCGUCUCAAUGUUAUUACAUACUACUUUUUGUUAUUUUAUAGCCACCUUAUAAUUUCACAUAUAUACUACACAUUGAAAUUUGCUCAUUACAUAAUAAUGGCACUAUCUACCUUCUCAGAUCUCAGUAAAUAUGAUGAUACAUAUUUAAAGCUGCAAUCUGUUGAUUAUAAACCAUAGUGUUUAGAUUCAAUUCACUUACUUAUUUACUUAGGCCUGUUACCCCUCGUGGAGGAGAAUAGGCUUCCACCAGCAUUCUCCAUCAAACUCUAUCCUGGGCAAUUCUUUCCUGUUGUUAUUCAUCCUUUUGAUGUCUGCUUCCAAUUCUCGACGAAGUUUAUUCUUGGAUCUUCCUCUUUUUCAUUUCCCUUCAGGACUCCAAGUUAGGGCUUGCCUCGUGAUAUAGUUUGAUGAUUUCUUCAAUGUAUGUCCUAUCCACUUCCAUCGUUUUUCCCUAAUUCCCUCUUCAGCUGGAAGUUGGUUUGUCCUCUCCCACAGUAGGCUGUUGCUAAUGAUAUCCGACCAAAGGACAUCCAGUAUCUUGUGUAGACUAUUGUUUAUAAAUACCUGUAAUUUUUUGAUGAUGGUUGUAGUAGUUCUCUAAGUUUCACUUCAGUACAAAAGGACUGUCUAGAUAUUCCUAUUGAAGAUUCUCACUUUGAUAUUGGUUGAUAAUUGUUUUAAGUUCCAUGUGUUCUUCAACCAAUUGUUUAACUAUCCAAGUAGAGAUUAUAAUUUUAUAUGAGUUAUAACUACCGUGUUGAUCUUCAUUGUUUGUUUAUAUAGAGAAUUAAGUCACUGGUUCAUUCAUAAUAGACAAUGAUUCAUAGUGUAUUUUUAAAAAUUGUAUUUGAUUGUAGAAUAGUGAUUUUCUUCUGUGAACAUUUAAUUAUUUUUUAUGGUUUUCACAUUUUUUUAAACUGCACAUCAUAAUGUGUUUAGUGAAACUCUCUCUAUUAGAGAAUGGAUUCGAUACAGCAGUUGUUGAAAUUGAACCAUGGAUCGAAGUAAGUGACUAGUUGAUUGUUAAUACUUUCUUUUUUUUCAUGCUUCUUAUUUUGAUUUACUCAGCUAUCUUUUUUCCCCGACCGAAGCUGCUACCUUGACUCGGUGGUCGGGCUUGCCUAUCGUGAUGACCCAACCGAGCUAUAUUGGCUGGAACAUAUGUUCCUGUAGGUUCUACCAUGCCAGGCAGGUCGAUUGGAGAACGGUAAGACUAAAAGCAGCAACUCAAGGUCUGAGGGCGAAGUCGUACUGCUGACUGUAGAGAGGUGUGACAGCAGUAAGGUGUUUCCCUCGGACAACCAGCAUCUGCAGCGAUGCCGCCUUCCCACAAGGAGGGGUGGGGUUAGAAAAGGUCGACCCUAAAAAUGUCACACCUCACCUUACCUCACGGAUUUCCGUCUCCGGCGGUAAGGCCCUUUGAAGAACGGAGCUAACACGUCAAAAACCUUCCACAAAAAGGCCGUGCGCGACCCGCCUCAAGCAGUUGUCCCUUGGGGUCUGCGGUCACGCUCCCAGGUCGUAAAGACCAACACUAAUCCAAUUUCCUUUUCAGGUUCCUCAAGAAAUACCCUUCCACGGUGUGGGCAUCCGAGAAGUGAUAUCAGCCCUCAUACCCGUAACAGCACCCGUAACGGCUAUCUUUUUUCUCGAUUCGAACUCUUGAUUGUUUUAUUAAUUUGCAUUCAAUUUAUCAGUGAAAAUAACUAGGUAUUCAGUUUGUAGCUUGAAUACAUUAUAGAUCGACCUUAGUUGAUGUAUCAGUGAUGACCAAGGAGAUAAAUCCCUGGCUAUUUCGUCUUUAUUUGGAAAGGCCUACGUGUAGUGUGCACUCAACAUCUUCAAGGAGUGAACACAAUGUGUUCAAGUUUCGUGAUGAACGCCUAACUGUUAAACCAUUAGGUUAGCAUUCAGUUGUUUAUCUUUCUAGCUUCAACCAACUCGGGAUUAUUUAAUGACUUUGGUAACAACUGUUUUUGUUUCCGACUUAUCUGGACUCUGUCAGUUACAACUUUACAUUCAAAUUACAAAAAACUCGUCUCGAAGUAAAUCGCCAAUCAAAAUACUAUUGUAGUUUUGUCAAACGGAAUUUUUACGGAGACUAUCACUUAUAUAUGAAAAUAAUGUUCAAAAAACUUUUAACAAAAUUAUAGGUAUCAGAAGGAGUUUUUUGUGGAUAUUAUAAUAAUUUUAAUAGUUGAGAUCAUGAGUCAAUUGAAGCUAGACCACCAUAGAAAACCUGGAAGCACUGGACGACUAUUUCGUCCUGUUAUGGGAUGACUCCUCAGCAGUAUAUAUUCACGAUCCCGCCUCGCGAGAUUCGAACCCAGGAUCUACCGAUCUCACGCACGAACGCUUAACUUCCAGACCACUGAGCCGUCCAGUGCCUCCAGGUUUUCCAUGGUGGUCUAGCUUCAAUAAACUUGUGAUCUCAACUAUUAAAAAAACUAUACGUAUUUAACGCUGGUAAAGUUGUUUAAGUAAAUAACUAUAAUCACAUUCAUGUGACUAGAUUGAACUGCAUGAAUUUCGUCUUCUAUUUCAAAUUCUUGUCAAUAAUAAAUUUGGUUUCUUAGGCGAAUAUAAAAAGAGAAAAUCACAACUAUUUCUUUUUCGAAAGUGAAAGUAAUAUUUCAGGAAUCAUUUUGUUAAUGAUUAUCAAAGUUAAAUGCAACUGAUGUAUCUUAUCUUAGAACAAUAAAACAAUGUACUGAACAAAAUGAAGAAAAAUAAAGUGAUAAAUUAUAAUAAAAGUAGUAACGAUCUCAUCUGGUCAAAAAAAAAUUUUGAAUGAAGUAAUGGAAACUUAUUCAUGAAACAUUCAACCAUAACAUUUACAGAAUAAUAUAGAGAAUCAAUGUAUAGUUAUGACAAUCCAAUCGAUUUUGUGUCAUAAUAUCAUUCAAUGAGUAUUAUGUAGGUAGGUAAGUAGGUACGUAUCAAUUUGAUAGUUUAUAUUUAUCAGUGAAUAUCGACCAAACCAAUGAAUUCAAUCAUUUCACUGAAACUAAUGUUAUAUGUUUGUUUAGUAACCGUUAAUACUGAACGUAACUUGAUCAUUAUAUUGUUUGUUUUUUCAAAUCAAAACAUGGUUAUAUUUUUGAAUAUUUUUAAUUAAUGUAAAAGUGAAUUUUGUUGUGAUGGAUGGUGUCCAAAAUCUGAUACUGAUACACGUGUUGCUAUGCACUAACCUCCAACUGACUACUUGAGCGGGAACUCAAGAGUAAGCGAAAAAGUGCAUUGGAAUACCGAAUAAAAUGCACAAAUAUCCAUUCAUAAAUAUAUACAACCACACAAUUCUUAAGAAAUUGACCCAUUUCUCAGCCAAUGAAAUGCAUUUGUCCUUUAGGUCACUUCUGAUUACCAUCAAAUUGACCUUCUCAAUGAGUUACUUUUGACUGGCUCUCCAUAUCAAAUUUCUUUUGAUGUUUUGUAAUCUCAUUUAACCAUUCAGUCAGUUAACAUUUGAAAUUCUAUCUUCACUAUUAACAUGAACCUGUAAAAGUUGUUUUAUUCUCUGAAAAUGCAAAUUAUAUAAAAUUAAGAAAUGCUAGAAAAAAAUUUAUCUUUCUAUUCAGUUGAAAUAUUCGAAAUAAUUUAUUAUCGAAAAUAUUUUUGAAUUUUUGUAAUGAUGACCAUGUUUUUGAGUUGUCAAGACAAAUAAAUCAACUGACGACUAAUCCAGGAUGUAUAAUAAUGAUUUAAUGUUGUCGAUUUAUUGUUGCUAAUACGAUCGAUCCAAAUAAAAUGAGUAUCGAAAGAUAACGUAAUUAAUCAAUGUUAUAUGCCUUUAAGAAUUCCUUGAUAAUGUCUUUAGAAGCUGAGAAAAAAGCAAAAUGUUUUUGUCUAUUCAUCAUUUAAUGGAAGCUCCUAAGAAAUUUCUAGAAAACUGAUAGAUUGUGUGUCAUAAUCUUGUUGAAUAAUCACCCAUUUCGUUACUAAAUGUAAUCUAUUUUUGUAAUCCUCCAGAAUCUCAAGGCCACACGUAGGCCUAUGAAUAUCCUUGUUUUCUGCAAUUAACUUAACCUUGGAAGAAAAGCUCCGUUUUGUACUUCCCUUCAAAGCACAUUCAAGUACCGGACGUUUCAAUCAGUAGAAUGAUGUUUAAACACAAGAAUAAACAUGAUUUCAAGUCAUUUUGAAAGAUAAUUUAUUAGAAGCUACGAGUUUCGUAGAUCAUUCAAAGACUAUUACGAUUAAGACUUAAUUUUCAGUUAUUACUCUCUCCAUUUCGGGAUCAUUAUUUGCUGUAGAAAAUUUGUCCAGGGACUAGUUAUGCACAGUAACUUGACAAUUAUUAGUUUAAGUCAUUAAAGCGGUAAUUAUAACUUUUUGUGUUUAUCGUCUUUUGUAGAAGAUGAAAACAGGUCGUGGUGCUAGAUUCCGUCAAUCUGCAGUUUUACGAAAAACUGGUGAAUUGUACACAAUUAAGUAGGUUGCUUCUUAUGGUUUAAGGCAUCAAUGCGGUAGUUGUAUGAUAUGAUAUUCUCUAGAGGUUUACUAUUCAACUGUGAGAGUUUUUAAAAUCAUCAACCUAGGAUGCUUUAUCAACAUCACUUUCUAUGGAACGAACACAUAAAUAUCCUGCGUAUAUGUACCACCUGUAUCCCAUAAAUAAAUAUUGGUUUUCCAACCAAGCUUUAAAAAUUAUAUUCAUAAUGUCCGGUCAAAUACCAAGUUAUAGCAGAGAUAUUUUCUCAAUAAGUACCAGUUAUUUUAAAAAAUUUUGGGUUUCAUCAUAUAAUGUGAAAUAAUUUAACUCAUAUUACCAUAUUCAUGUUAGAUAUUUAAAGAAUCAGUACUUUGUGACAAGAAUGUAGAAUAUCUUAAUUGAACAAAUAAGUGUUGGAAACUCUAGGGUCUAAAAUAAUCAGUCCUGAUGGACUAGUUUGUUACAAAAUCUUGGCAUCUAUUCAGAAAGCUCAGUUAGUUUUUAUCAACUCCCAUCACUUAUGAGAUAAACGAUGUCCGUCUUCCAACUAAUGGACUUGUACAUUUUCCAGAAGCUCUCGCUGUUCUAAUUAAUGUCCGUGAAAAUUGGUCAUUAAGAAUAAAGGAAAUUCGUAGGUUACUAGUAUUCGAUCAUAAGUAUCUUUGAAGCAUUGUUCGUGUAUUUUGGGAUCACCGGGUGACCAAUGUUUAGGUUAGGGAUAGGAUACCAAGCAGAGGUGGUAAAUUGGUUGACAGGGUUGUGAAUCCUCAUGGAUCUAAGUCAGUCAGUCAGUAACAACGUAGAACUUCGUACGUACGUACAUCAGUUCGAGUUACCACACCACAUUAGCACAGAGAUGCAGUUGUUGAUUCAAAUCCCGUAGUGGAAGAGGUAAUAGGAGUAUAAGCAGUAAUCGGGAAGAUUAGUGUUUGGAGAUGCUACUUAAAGAGUAUAAUACAGUGAAAUAAAUUUGGGAAGAGAAAAAAAAAGAGACAAGGACGGAUAAGUAGAUCAAGAUUUGGGAGAACACAAAGAGUGUAUGCACCUGCGCCGUUGCAAACGAUUUUGAGCCAUGUCAUCCAAGUUCUCUAACCAUCGGUUGCUAUCAUCUCGCGGUCCCCAACCAGGUAGUCUACACCUACCAACAUGACUCAGUCCACUUGUCAAUGACUUCAUGGACUUGUGCCAUGUUUUGGUCUGGCCGCCCAUAGCUUUCUUCCAACCUACUCCUA